AUGGCCGGCGUUGGUAAACAUGAUUCUAGUUCAUUAAGAAACAUAUUAGAAGACUUCAUAGAGGUACACAAAAAUGAUAUGCUUGAACUAACAAGUGGCCAUCUUAAUGAAUCCAAGUUAUGGAAUCCUACACAAACAAGCAGAGAAUCGUGGGUAUCGGCAAAACAGCCUGCAAUUAGGCUCAAAGCACCAUCAAAGUUGCAAAGCCAGACAAUAGGACAAGGUUUUCUGCCUCCUAUUGAUGUCAAUAAACGGCAUAUGACAGAAGCAGUAAUGGAUUUCAUGCUUGGUCCUUCAGGAGGCGUAUCUUUGUCAGAAAGACCAAAAAACACCACACCAGUAAGUCCAACACCAGAGCCCUCAUUUAUUGACAAAGAGAAGAGAAUACCAUGUGAUUAUUAUUUCACUCAGGAAUUGGAAUUGCCAGAACUUAUGCUUCCGGUUUAUAAAAAGCAAGGAAGAUACAAAGGGGAACCAAGGUAUAGAUUGAAACAUGAAUUCAUAAAAACACACCAUUCCUUGCCAACGAAGUCAGGCCAGUUCAAGAAAAUGAAAGAGUUUCAGGACAAAAUAAUACGAAAAAGUGAUGUUCAGGAGAGGAGAAUUGUUUCAGGAGAGAAAGAAAUCAGUGCCAUUGAGCAGAAGUUAAGAAAGAGACUCUUUGAUCUUGAAACAAGACAUAUUAUCAAAAAGGUUCCCAGUUUCUAUGGUCUGCAGGCAUACAGUGACUCUUGGAAGGAGUUGAUUGAUUGUUCAGAAAUAUACGGAAGUGUUCUCAGAAUGAUCAAGGAUGAGUAUGACGCAUACAUCUCAGUGCUGUUGGAUUUGCAAGAGACACAAAAUGGAAGUCUAUCUGAUCAGCUGAACUUGCUAUCAUAUGGGUCAGCAGAGAUGGCACAGAAAGUGAGAGAGGAACAUGAAAAAGUUGAAGAAUUGGAAAGGAAAGCAAUGGAGACAUUACAAGAAAAUGAAAGACUGAGAGCCGAAUUGAAGGAGGAAGAAAAAUCUAAAGACAGGCUGAAAUUCAAAAUACCAGUAGAUAGAAGCAAAAAAGCGCAAAGGGAUACUCCGAUCGGUGAAAAGAAAAAAGAUCUAGAAGAACAGGUUGAAGAACUGCAUCGUCAGAUCGAACAGCAAAUGGAGACCUUAGCAAGUCUGAAGGAAGACAGAAAAGAGAACUAUGUUCCUGUCAUCGUGUGUCAGAGAAUGGAACAAUGUAUAAAAGAGACAGAGAUUGAGAUACAAAAGAUUUUAAAACAGAACAGUUUUUUGGAAAACAAUAUAGAGAAUUUAGAAGCUGAACUGGAGCAUAUUCUCGAAGAGCAAGGAACAAAUGAAAGAGAUACCAGGAUGCUGUGGAUGAAGAUUAAUUCUUCAAAAGUCCUAGAUUCAAAGGAUUGAAGCUCAUUGGAAAAUCAAUCGCGGUUUAACCCUACAAAAGACUGAAACAAAGCUGAUUAAAUCUGGCGUAAGAGAGUUUCUGCAAUUUUGUCAUUAGAAAAUGGGAUGAACCAACUACCAAGAUAUGGGAUACAAUUUAUAGUUUUCUAUGUAGCCGAAUAAGAAUGUUGUUUUGCAGUUUAAUAAACUGAUCUUAUUUAAUUCUAAGCGGGCGCUGGCCGGCAGAUUUACAUCGAAUUAGGAAGAAAAAGCACACAAUAACUGAUUAUGGUAAAUAAAUGAAUAAGUAAAGUUAAUGCUAAACGAACAAGACUAAUAUUUUGCUUUAUUCUCUUAUUAUGUUAAAAAGUUGAAUGUUAUUGAAUAAAAAUCUUCCGAAUGCAUUUAGAAUGAUGUCCAUUCAUUCGCCCACUGCUUAGUUUUGUGAAGAUUGCAACUGUUUUUAGACAGGAUCAAGUUAAAGACUUGUUAUCCUAAAACCUGGGCUGACAAUCAGGUAUCCAUUUUUUGUGAGAAAGAAUAUGUUUUGUCGGUGCGUAUUCACUGAAAGUCGGUCAUUAAGAGAUCGUAUUUACUGAAGUCGGUUAUUUUAUAAUAUUAGGCUAAAAACUGCUCAACAAAGAGCUGUUUUAAGAAAACUGCUUAAAAAACGGCGCAAGAGAAAUCUGCUUAAUGCCUUUCUUUCGCAUUUAACCAAAACGAGAGAAACUUAUUUUCAGAAAUUGGCAACCUUGUCAAAUAAUCAAAAGAUGUUUUCAGAUGAUUGAUUGGUACAAAGUGUUUCGUGUAUAAGCUGAACAUUGACAAACAAAAACUACAAGAAUGAAGCAACUGGUUCAAAUAUCUUACAUUAUCUAGGACGUAUUACUAAAGUUAAAAGAGGGGGGUUGGGCGUUCGAGAAAUCCCCCGAUUCUAUCAGUUUAUCUCCCACAUGAAGUGUCCAUUAUCACCAGGCAAGACACCCUGCUCAUUAAGUUCUAACUCUCCUCUUUCAUUCACGAUCAGACACCUUGGCUCUCCAACAUACACCGAGUGAUAUGAUUCAUAGAUGCUAAAAAAAUCAGGCCCUAGAGAUUCAAUAAAGACACACUGUCUUCCUUCAUGGCCUGACGUCUUCAGGUUCCCAUCAACACCAGCGGACAAGUAUAGCUCUGCCUCAGUACCCCAUAUUGCCAGCAUAUCAGACCCAAUUGACAUCACUUGCAACGCUGUGUAAGGACUCUUGGGGUCUUUGGUACCCAUCACACUGCCAUCAUCCCGUAUCUCUAAAUAAAAUCCUGUCUUAGAUUUCAGCCGCCUGCGUCUGGAGUAUUUUAGUAAUUGCAACUUAAUCAGUUUCUCGAUUUUAUCACUUGGCAUAGUACCAUUGUUGUUGUUGUUGGUGACGAUCUCGCUAUUUUGCUCCGUGAAAGCUCGCUCCAUUAGUACCCUUGCUCUUUUCCUCUCUGAUCUGAAAUUCAAUAUAAGACCGAUUUUAUAAAUUUGCGAAUAGAUUAAUAAAGAAAUGGCGAGCGGGUGUGUCCAAACCACAGAAUCCCUGGUAAUGAUGUGUUCAGAGGAUAUAUAGGUUUGGUAUAAAACGCUUGAUUAUGCAAGAUAUUUUUCGAUUAAGGCAUGUAGAAAAGCGAGGCUCGAUACCAGCGUAUAUAAAUAUAACAAUUAACUGUGGGUAGGGAAAAAAACGACACGAAGCUUCAGUCUGCUCUAGACCAAACCAGAUAAGUUACCUUUUCCAUCGCAAUUUUAAUGAACAGCAAAACUACUUUGCAUUAGAAGCAAAUUAGAGUUCAUUGGCACAAAAUCUUAUUUCGUACAAAUUCAUAUCACCUUGGCCAAGAAGGAUAUACGUUAAGAAAAUAGAACUUAAGAAACCAAUGUUUUACUGUAUGUAGCGUGAGUAUUGAAUGCAGAAAGUAGAAAAUGGUGAUUUACAUUUCAGUGUUGCCCCUAACUAGGGGCAUGGGGCCCUAUUAGGCUCUUUCUUAGGCUUCACAACUGCAAAUAGGUUUUGUUAUUUUCAGAACUCCUGUCAGUGUUUUACUUUUAAUCUUUCUUAUGCAAAAUACUUCCCGAAUCGUUAUAAAACCAAAGUAAAAAGGACACAAUUGUUAAGUUUAAGUUUAGUGAAAA